CAUGAGGCGUAACUUGGCUAAUUCUCCUUUAAAAUCAGGGAGGGGUAUUUCUUUCUCACAGCCUUGUACUUCUUCUAUCUGAAGCCUGAGCUACUCAUCCCUCUAACAGCCGCCAUGGUUCACUGGACAGCCGAAGAGAAAGCCACCAUCGCCUCCGUAUGGCAGAAAGUUGACUUGGAAAAUGACGGCCACAAUGUCCUUUCCAGGUAAAGAUAUAUGAUGUCUUAUGACACUGCUCGCAGGCCAGGGGUAAAAGAUACAUACCAACCAUAAGAUAAUGAAAAUAUUUAAAAGAAGAAAAACUACCACAACAAGAGGACAGUCUUAACUAAGAGGGGCAAAGGUUUCAAAAUAAUAUCAGGAAGUAUUACUUCACUGAGAGGGUAGUGGAUGCAUGGAAUAGCCUUCCAGCUGAAGUGGUAGAGGUUAACACAGUGAAGGAGUUUAAGCAUGCGUGGGAUAGGCAUAAGCUAUAGCUGUAAGAUAAGGCCAGAGACUAAUGAAAGUAUUUAGAAAAUUGGACAGACUAGAUGGGCCGAAUGGUUCUAUGUUUCUAUGCUUCUAAUUUCCUCUUUCUGUCCUUCAUCGUUAUCUCAAGCUCUUCAUCCCUUUGACAGUGUGUCUCUUUCAUCCUUCUCUCUCUUUCAUUCUGACUUACCUUCACCAGUGUCCUCUGCCUGCUUAUUUUAUCUUUUCUGGCUAUACUCCUGCUCUGUUCUCUCUCUGGAGAUUUGUAAACAUCCCUAUUAAAGCCAUGUUCCAUUCAUAAUGUUAUAGAUAAAAAGCAAAACCAAAGACAGUGUUUGAAUUGAAAUUUUGCCGAUGUAUUGUUAAAAAUCACGUGUCCUCUGGUUCCAUUCCGAUAACUAGGCCCUGCAGAACAAAUGCUGGCUUUUCAGAUGUUCCACAUGAGUUUGUCUGUCUGUUUGUCAGUAUUGAUUUUAGUCUGAAAAAAAGAAUUAUAGGGACUCAAAAGGGAUUUGUAAAAUAUAGACUGAAAUUGUAGAGAUGGGAAAAUAACUGGGUUGAAGAUUAUUUCCCAAUGACUUAAUUAAAUCAUCAGUUCCUGUUUAGUGAAUAAAGACUUAUAAACGCCUUUAUAUAUUGAGGACAUACUUUUAAACACAGUUAAAAUUGCAAUUACCCUUUGUGCAUUUGAAAAUAAUAACAGUUAAUAAAAAAAAAAACAUAUAUUUAACCCCUUAAGGACACAUGACAUGUGUGACAUGUCAUGAUUCCCUUUUAUUCCAGAAGUUUGGUCCUUAAGGGGUUAAACCGCUUGAAUAACCAUGCAUUAAUAUUUCUGCACACUCUUUAAUAAUAAUAUAUACAAUUAUAAUACAUUUUUUCAUGUCAUGAUGAAAGAAGUACACUUAAAACAUUGUGUUAGCACACUGGUGAGGAAUGUAUAGAUCUCAAAAUCUUUUAACCCCUUAAGGACACAACUUCUGGAAUAAAAAGGAACCAUGAUGGAAUAUUUCCAUCAUGUGUCCUUAAGGGGUUAAUGUAAAACUUUAUAGCAUCUGGUUAGUGCUGUUCCAUAAAGUACCAUAGGGUUACACACUCCAUAAAACGUUCUGUAAUCGUGAAUUGUGAUGCACAUAGUUUUAUAAUCAGUUUAGGUAGUGUUCACAAACAGGGUUAUUCACUACUGUGUGAAAUAUCUAGAAAUCAUUGUGAAUUCAGGUUUGAAAUGUUUGGCCAAAAUAGCAAAAAUUGUAAACAUAACUGGCUUGGAGAAUUUUCUAGGGAUUUACCCUUUGAUUUUUGAUUUUUUUUUACCUCUAGUACUCUAACCAGUUUUAAAAGCACAACAGGGCACUCAGACUCACCCACGACAACACAUAAACAAAAUGCUGUGUUGUAACAAUAAAAUGUUUUGCUCUCUCUCUUCAGGUUGUUCAUUACAUACCCCUGGACCAAGAGGUAUUUCAGUUCUUUUGGGAAUAUUUCCAACGAAACAGCUAUUGCUGGAAAUUCCAAAGUACAUGCUCACGGCAAGAAGAUUCUAGGAGCUCUCGAUAAUGCAGCCCACCACUUGGAUGAUAUUAAGAACCUUCUCCAUGACCUCAGUCACACACAUGCCAGCGAACUACAUGUGGACCCAGAAAACUUUAAGGUAUUGUAUAAUCAUUAAUAUUGUAAUAACUAUUAUUUAGUGUUAAUCUACCUAUCUACCUGUCUGUCCUUCUGUCUAUUCUAUCUCAGGCGUGGAUCUUAGAGCCAUCCUAGCUUUCAAUCCCAUGUCCUUUUCUUAUGUUCUCCACUCUCUUUCGAUCUUGCGUCUCAGUUUGUUUGCCGUUUACCAGAUAUUAUUUUGAUUUCAUCUUUCUCUCCUUCUCCCAGUACUUCAUUAAUAUUCUCUAUCCCAUCGUGAUAGUUAUUUACGAUGAUAUCUGUCCUAUAUACGCCAGAUCAAUAAAACUCUACCUCCUUCACUGGAAGCUGCCUAAUUUUGCCACUAAAGUUCUUGAUAUUUGCUGAUAUAAGCAUCAGAUGUCACCUCAGACAUUUCUAGUACUACUCAUGGCACCCAGGAUCAGAGUAGCCAGAAUAGGCAGUUGCCUAGAGGUGAUUGUUCACUAGGAAUUCCUGCCUUGAGUACAAAUUUACAUUUAAAAAAAAUACAUUUGGUAAACUUGUUUUUUCCUACUUGGCAAUUGUGCUUUAUAUCUCUGAGAUGUGCGCUCUGAUUCUCCAAAUCGUGGAGAAAGCAACAGAGAAAUGGGAGGAAACAGGGGGCACCUGAGAAUUUGGCACCUGCGAGCACUUGAGAUAUAACGUUUGCCCUAGUGGCACCCAUGCCAUAGAUUGACUAUCAGUGCCCUCGUUUUCCAUUAAUGUACGAUAUAGUUUAUUGUAGAUAUUGAAGUUACAAAGAAUAUAAAUCUUAUUUAUUUUUUUAAAUCAUUGUUUGCUUCUGUUUACAGCGUCUCGGUGAAGUGUUUGUGAUCGUUUUGGCUUCUAAACUAGGACCUGCUUUCACUCCUUCAGCCCAUGCAGCUGUGCAGAAAUUCAUUGCAGUGGUAGUGGAUGCUCUGGGUCACGGUUACCACUAAACUCAUUGUACCCAUAUCUGGAAACAGAGGUGUACCUAGGUUACAUGGCACCUGGGGAGGAAAUGUAUUUUGAUCCCCCUACUCUCCAUUAGUACGCUUCUACCUAGGAAUGUGUAUAUUCAAUGUAACAUUUCAAAUAAAAUAUAUUUGUAAAGAAAACA